UCGACUAGCUCUCGGCGCGUGGCGAGAGGGAGCCAUGGAGUCCAAGGAGUCGGACCGGCCCAAGCUCCGCGACAUUGGUACGAUCGCGAUGGAAGCGCUCGGCAAGAUCGACACAGUCCUGGCCUUUGAGCUCUCGCUCCUCAACGACGAGAUGAAGCACAUGGGGCAAGAGAACGAGCUGCUCAAGGCGGAGAACAAUACGCUCAAGGCCAAGUUGCUCCAGCAGCGCGAAGACGAGGCGGACAUUUACUUUUAUUUGCACAAGAAGCUCGACGCCAACUACGAGGUCAUUACGCAGCUCGAGACCGACAUUGAGAGCGUCAAGCGGGAGAAGGAGGCUGUCACGGACGAGUACGAGACGGCGCUCGCGGUCCAAAACGAGCAAUUUUCCAAAGAAAAAAAGGACUGGGCCGAGCGCAUGGAGUCGGCCGAGACCACGCUCCAGUCACUCGAGCUCUUCCAGGAGCGCAAAGCUGCACUGGAGGAGACUCUCGAGAAGCUCUCGAUCAACCUCGAGAGCGAAAAGGCCACGCACCAGCAGCAAAUGGUUGAGAUUGAACGACGAAAUGUACAAGAGAAGGAGCGGAUCAAGAAGGAAAUGCUCAUCAAAAUCAAGGAAAACAAACAGAAUUUGCUGGCCAUGACCGAAGACCAGCUGCACACGACGACCAAGCGCACCAUGAUGGAGAACGACCAAAUGAUCUCGGAGCUACAGUAUCAAAGCAAAGAAACCGAGAAGCUCCUCGCCAAGUACAAGACCAUGGAAGCCGAAGUCGCGCAGCUGCGUAUUCAAAUCAAACUCAACAAGGAAACCGAAGUGGAAAUGGCCAAACGCACCCAUUUUUACCAAAAACUCAUCAAGAAACUCAACGAGCGCGUCCAAGCCGAUCAGGUCGCAGCGCAGCGUCACCAAACGAUGCUCAGUCAAGAAGAUGCGUCGAAAGAGAGCGUCAACAAGGCCAACGAGGUCAUGAUCGGCCUCCUCAGCGAAAAAACUUCACAACUCGAAGUGCAGCUCCGGACACUCUCGUCCGAGCUCCGGGACGCCCGCGAUCAGCUGGACGCGGCCCGGGCCGAGAAGACGCUCUUCCUUGGCGAGCAAGACGAUACGCUGCGCUUUCUAUCCACCGCCAUCCACGACAUUACGCACCAACUCGGCACAAAGUCCACUGCCCCGAAAGAGUCGAGCGCCAGUGAUAUCGUGCCCGCCAAGCUCGACGACUUGGGUCCCGCCGACGUCAAGAAGGUGUUGCAAAUGCUGUUUCGAAAGCUGCAUACGUACCAAGCCAAAAUUGUCCAACUGGGCGCGGCCAAGUCGUCCGAAAAGACGCGCGAGGCGCUCGAGAAGCAGUUCGGUGUCGAGUUGCCGCCGAUUGCGACGCCAUCGAGCCCGCUCGAUAUAUUAACCGAGCUCGCCAACCGCGGCAACCCCCCCAAAGUGCUGCCAGAGACGACGAGUAUGUAUCCCCGCCACGUCGGGCAGCGGUCGGUGGCCAGCCAGACGCUGCCGUGCUGGACGGAAUUUCGAAAGCAGCCACGACAGCACCACCCGCCGCCGCCAUCGCUCGGCAAAAAGGCGACCAGUCUGCACCCGACCAGUUAUCGAUCGGUCGAGAAGAAGAAGCGACCAUCGCGGUUCGAAGAGUGGCCCGAAACAACGUCGUUCCCAACACUCAGUGGUGGGCGACUCGACGAUGAUGUGCUCGACGCUGGUCUCACGUCCAGCAGCGCGUCCUUGGCGACCGUCCAGCCGCCGAUGCGGAGCCUCACAAAAAAGCGCGUCAUGCUACCGACGGCCGCGCGCUUACCAACAUAGCGCUAUCCAUUUGAAUAGGUGGUAGAACGUCAGCCAUAAAUGAGCUCAUCUCGGCGGCUGGAAGGGACAAGCUUUCGAAUGUCUUGGUCUUAGCUGCUGUAGUGGACAAAGGUUUAAUAGGUGAGUGCUGAAGCAUGGUACCUUCGAAUACCAACGCACCUUGCAG